ACGAAGCAGAAGCGGAAGAAGCGGCGCAGCGUCCGUCAAACUGGAGUGCUGAACAACAGAAAAGCAUUAUUUUUUCUUGAAAUAUUCGGAUUUAUUGGGUAAAAAUGCCGGACUUAGCGGUCGAAAAGGUCGUCGUUCAUCCCUUGGUGCUAUUGAGUGUCGUGGACCAUUUUAACAGGAUUGGUAAGGUUGGCACUCAGAAGCGAGUUGUGGGUGUUCUGCUGGGUUCAUGGCAUAAGAAAGUGCUUGAUGUGUCCAACAGCUUUGCUGUGCCUUUUGAUGAGGACGACAAGGAUGAUUCAGUUUGGUUCCUGGAUCAUGACUACCUGGAGAAUAUGUACGGCAUGUUCAAGAAAGUGAAUGCUAGGGAGCGAGUAGUUGGAUGGUAUCACACAGGCCCAAAGCUGCACAAAAAUGAUAUUGCCAUAAAUGAACUCAUGAAACAAUACUGCUCUAAUUCGGUUUUAGUCAUUAUUGAUGUGAAACCCAAGGACCUGGGGUUGCCAACUGAAGCUUACAUCUCAGUGGAGGAAGUGCAUGAUGAUGGAACUCCCACAUCUAAGACGUUUGAACACGUGACCAGCGAGAUCGGAGCAGAGGAGGCAGAGGAAGUUGGCGUGGAGCAUUUGUUGCGUGAUAUCAAGGACACAACAGUUGGCACUUUGUCACAGCGUAUCACCAAUCAGGUUCAUGGCCUGAAAGGGCUCAACUCCAAGCUGCUGGAUAUCAAGAGCUAUCUGGAGAAGGUUGCUACCGGCAAACUGCCCAUCAACCACCAGAUCAUUUAUCAGCUGCAGGACGUGUUCAAUCUGCUGCCUGAUGUCAACCUGCAGGAGUUUGUGAAGGCCUUCUACCUGAAGACCAACGAUCAGAUGCUUGUGGUCUAUCUGGCCUCGCUCAUCCGGCUGUGUCAUGGAAACUGGGAAACCUGUGGCAUUCUGAGCCGGUAUAAUAUCGGCAAAAUGCUUGGUGAGGGAGGAUUCGGCUGCAUCUAUGAAGGGAAUCAUGCUUGGAGGAUGGCCUUGAGGUGGCAGAGAAAAUUGCCAGCAAGCCAAGGAACAUGA